AUGACUAAAAGCUCGGAAAAUGAAGAAUUUGAACAGGAUGGAAUAGUGAGGAAAGGGGUUUUUAUGGCUGAAAUUCCAAAGGAAGGAGGCUCCUGGAAAGUGAUGUAUUCCGGUGUGGUUGCAGCAAUCGAUGAAAACAUGCAACACUAUGAAAUGAAAGUGUUCACUGGUGGUUUGAGGGAUAUUGUCUGGAAGUGUCGAAGCUGUAGAUUUUACUGGCAAGCUAUCCGAUUACUUCUUCGUUCGGAUAUUCCAACAAAUGCGGCUGAAGCAGCCAGAGCAAGAAUUCCUAUGAUAUCAGAUACGGACCGAGACCCAAAAAAUCCAGUAUGGAACGUGGAGGAUGGUGAGAAGAAGCUUCAAGACUUCUUCAACCUAGUAGCUGGAAAAUUAACAAAUGAUGUGGACGAAUGUGUAUUCUUCAAGCCAUCUGGUCACAUUCAUUGGAACACUGAACCAUGUAACGGACCUUCGAUGAUGGAAAUACUCACUUUGUAUGGUCCAACUCCACUGGAUCCAGUGGUUCCCCCAAAAGACCCUGAACGGGCGAAUAUGAGGAGUCAGCCUUUUAUUUUAGAUGAAAUCAAAAUAGAACCAAAGUCCAAAAUCUAUUUCAACGUUACGUUCAACAGAAGUUGUUCUCAACUUCUUUGA